GAAGUCUGGGUUCCGCUUCCACUCAGGUACAGAGGCCAAGAGACUAUGAUUCAUCUAGCCAACAAAAUCCACGGACACGAAACUGCGGAUCGACUAGUGAUUUGUCAGAUGUAUUGAAGAUUAACCGCCAUGAGCUUUUGGGUUCAGAAUCACAGAGGAGUCGAGGCUUAGAGCAUCAGCCUCAUGUUGGUAUGGAUAGCAAACAUCUUGGACGGGCAACUCCACGAGCACAAGGAGAGAGAACCUAUCGACUGCCUCGUUUACAAGAUGUGAGAGGCAAUAUAUUCUCUCUUCCACAGGGUCAGGCUACUAGAGACUAUUUAUCUGCUGUAGCAGAUGGGCAGGGUGUCAAAGACCUUGGGCUUGUGGCUAAAGACAAAAACGGGCCUAGAAGCCGCGGGACUGUUACUGUAGAAAACCACGACUAUCGUGGUUCUCUUCAAGUACAAGAAAGGGGAAGUUAUGGACCAGUGAUCCCAGGUGCAAGUGGAACCCAAAGUUUAGGCGUCACCACGGAAGAAAGGCAGGAAGGUAAAGGGUUUACUGCUGAUGAUCAGGAAGCAAAACACCUUUCCCAUGCCGAACAUGAAGUCAUAAAGCCUAAAGCUCUCAGUAUCCCAGGACAGACUGGGAGGGAUACCCAGGCAACAAGUUUCAUUGGUGGAGCAGGAAACUAUCCGGGAGCGAGCCUGGGCACUGGGGGCUAUGGAGCAGGUGUGGGACAGGGAGCAUACCUGGGUGGUGCAGCUGGCAAACUCGCUGCUGCUGCUGCUGCUGCUAAUGGACAGGGUGGGUAUCCCCAAGGUGUUGCAGGGAUGUUACCCGGCUAUGGCGACGGAGCAACAGGAUACCUGGGUGCUUUGGCAGGAAAUGGCUACGGUGGAGAUGCUGGUGCAAAAUCUUUGUCACCAGGUUAUGGGAAUGGUUACAGCGACGGUUACGGGGCUGCUCUCAAUACAGGAGGCUAUGCUGGACAGGUCCAGGGAGCGUAUGGAGCACUCGGUGCAGGACUGGAAUCAACUGCUGGCAAAUAUGUAGGAGGAGGUGCUCAGGUUCCUUAUGGUAAUGCUCCAGUGAUUCCUGCUGGACUGGAAGCUGAUGGUGGCUACCCGUACGCUGCUCAGCAGCUCGGCCUCGGUGCUGAAAGCGCCAAAACCGCCAACAAAUACGGAGCUGCUGCAGGAUAUGGAGCUCAGCAAACAGGUUAUGGUGCACAGCUAGGAGCAACUCAAGAUGCCUUGGGAGAGCAAGCUGGCAAAUACACUGGGGUGAAUGGAAAUGGAUACAAAGGCUAAUUCAAACGACCUGGACUUCUUCAAGUGGAUCAUUUCCAUGAUGUGUCCAGUGUAAUAUGUUUUUAAAGCUUUUUGUGUGUUUCCCUCUCUUGUGUCCUGUUGUGUUGUCUGUUUUGUCUUCUCCUAACCCCUUUAAGUGGACCUUUGCUAUCCAUGUCUGUUUGUCUUGUCAGUCCAAAACCUACAGUGCCCCACCAGUGUCUUAUUUUGUCAAUACUGAAAAAAAUGGUGGUGAUUGAUGAACAUAAAUAGAUGUUGAAGUGCAAGAAAAUUGUCUCUAUGUUUUAAAAUAAAUAUUAAAAUGAUGAUUUUACUGUUUGAAUUCAAUAAAUUAUAUG